AUGGCGGAGGCCGGGCCACAGGCGCCGCCGCCCCCGGGCACCCCAAGCCGGCACGAGAAGAGUUUGGAACUUCUCACUACCAAGUUCGUGUCGCUUCUGCAGGAGGCAAAGGACGGCAUGCUUGACCUCAAGCUGGCAGCUGACACCCUAGCUGUUCGCCGGAAGCGGCGGAUUUAUGACAUUACUAAUGUGCUGGAAGGUAUCAGGCUGAUGGAGAAAAAAUCCAAGAAUAGCAUCCAGUAGAAGGGCGUGGGGCCUGGCUGCAGUACCCGGGAGAUUGCGGACAAGUUGAUUGAGCUCAAGGCAGAGAUCGAGGAGCUGCAGCAGCGAGAGCAAGAACUAGACCAGCACAAGGUGUGGGGGCAGCAGAGCAUCCGGAACAUCACAGAGGACAUGCAGAACAGCUGCUUGGCCUACGUGACUCAUGAGGACAUCUGCAGAUGCUUUGCUGGAGAUGCCAUCCAGGCCCCGUCGGGCACCAGCCUGGAGGUGCCCAUCCCAGAGGGCCUCAAUGGGCAGAAGAAGUAUCAGAUUCACCUGAAGAGUGUAAGUGGCCCCAUCGAGGUGCUGCUGGUGAACAAGGAGGCAUGGAGCUCACCACCAGUGGCGGUGCCUAUGCCGCCACCCAAAGAUCUGCUCCAGAGCCCAUCUGCUGUCUCUCCCCCUCCGCCUCUGCCCAAGCCUGCUCUGGCCCAGCCCCAGAAUGCCUCACGCCCAAGCAGUCCCCAGGUGAUCACCCCCAACCCUGUUCCCGGCAGCACCGAAGCCCAGGGGGUGGCUGGUCCAGCAGCUGAGAUCACAGUGAGUGGUGGCCCUGGAACCGAUAGCAAGGACAGUGGUGGGCUCAGCUCCCUCCCGCUGGGCCUGACAGCACUGGACACCCGGCCGCUGCAGUCCUCUGCCCUGUUGGACAGCAGCAGCAGCAAUAGCAGUUCAUCCAGACCCAACCCUUCUACCUCCUUUGAGCCCAUCAAGGCAGACCCCACAGGUGUUCUGGAGCUCCCCAAAGAGCUGUCAGAAAUCUGUGAUCCCACUCGAGAGUGCAUGAGCUCAGAGGUCCUGGAGGAGCUGAUGUCCUCAGAAGUGUUUGCACCCCUCCUCCGCCUUUCUCCAUCCCCUGGAGACCACGAUUGCAUCUACAACCUGGAUGAGAGUGAAGGUGUCUGUGACCUCUUUGAUGUGCCUAUUCCCAGCCUCUGACUGACAGGGGCAUGCCCUUUGUGGCUGGGACACAGACCGUCUAACCUGGGGGCUGCCUGGGGACCUCCCCCCACCCCACCCCUACACAGCUUGAGAGCCGCAGACUCCUGGCUUCCCCAGCCUUCCCUCACUGCGCAGUUCUGGCCACA